AUGAAGUUCCGUAAUUGUUUGUCCCGUAGAUUCAAGCAGAAGAUUCGCCCUCGAUCUGAUGCUCAAGCGCUUGAGUCGGUUGGGGAUGAAGCUGUUGAUGGGCCUUCUCAUGGGCUUCCUGAUGCACAGCCUAAUGACAUUCUGCCCAUUAGUGUUGCUUGCUCUCCUACUCCCACUACCGUUGUUGCUGCUCCUGUGGGGCGUCAAGAUCGGAUUUCACUCUGGGUAGAAGCCCGGGAGAAACUUUGUCAAGAUCCGGAGCUUGGUAAGCUUGUUGAUAGCUAUCAACGAGAUUUGUUGGAGCAACAUCAGCUUGGUAAGUGUCAUGAUCAGACAAAUAUUUACACCUGUGGAUGGCUUAUCAAGUAUCUCGAUAAAGACAAACCCGAACAAAAAGAGGGAAGCGACGAUGAAACUCCUGCAACGGGCGACGUCGAGGCUACAUUGUCAUUUCAGAGGAUUAUCCUCGAAGACCAAGUCGAGGCUUGGAAGGCCAGUCAUCUUACUGGAAUCAACAAAGUGCUUGGUAAAAGUGUCAAGAUGAUAAUAACUGGCAAAGACUUCAUCACAACGGCGAUAUCUGGCGAUCCACAUGCCUCGUUAGCAUGGGCGGGUGUUCUAAUAUUUCUUCCAAUCCUGUUAAACCCUAUUACUCAAGACGAAGAUGCGCUCACGGGGUUUGAAGAAAUUUGCCACGUGCUGAUCCGUUCCGAAGUCGUCGAGCGUCGAUUGUGGAAGGAACCACAAAGUCAGACAAACGCAAAACUGUAUCUGCAGGACUUGAUUCGUUCAUGGCGAUUGGCCACCAUCGAUCUCUACGCUGCGAUAUUAGAGUACCAAAUUCGAUUUUCUACUCAUCUUUCAAGGAACGGAUCUACACGCUUCUUUAGAAAUUUUGUCCUGGCUGAUCCGUGGAAUGAUAUACUUCAAACUGUUCGGAAACAUCAAACAACGAUCGAUGAACAUUUGAAAUCAUUCAGCUUCGAGCUCCUAUCUGAGAUCGAUAAGACAGUCAGCUCGCUGGAAGACAGAUUGAUAGAAGUAGUUCAAAGUCAAAAUGAGAUAGUGGGAGGUCAAAAAGACUUGAUCAAGCAGGUUGCAAGCUUUGGAAAUGAUCAGGGCCAAACGAGGCAAAGUGAACUAUUACUCAAGCUAGAUCCACCUCAGGGAGCAGUUGUUAACUCGCCGGCGAAUGAGCAUGAUUCUUGCCAAGAAAAAACUCGUGUUACAGCCCUCGAGGAGAUCAAGAAAUGGCAUGACAACGCCGCAGGCCCCGCGGUCUUCUGGUUGAAAGGUGCAGCUGGAACCGGUAAAUCAACAAUAGCCCACACUGUAGCUCAAUGGAUUGACGGUCAAACCAUAUUGGGGGCGAGUUUCUUCUUCGCACGGAACAAAGAGGGUAGGGGAGAUGCUACACGAUUCUUCAGAUCGAUCGCUUUUCAAUUAGCCAGUAUUGAUCCAACGAUAAAAAGGUACAUCUGCGAGGCGAUAGAGAAAGACCAGAAUAUCGAUAAUUGGAGCUUCUCGGAUCAAUGGAAAAAGCUUGUUUGUGGUCCAUCAAAUCAAACAGAAGACAAGCGCUCCUUGCUUGUUGUAGUUGAUGCCCUCGAUGAGUGCUUGGGCAAGGAUAUUAAAAUCAUUAUGAAACUUAUUGCGGACCGAGAAGGAGACACCCGCCCCAUUCGAUUCUUCAUCACCAGUCGGCCUGAAACAGCCGUACGUAACGCUUUUCGAAUAAGAAAUGUUCCCCAAACAGACAAUGCUACUUGUUGCGAGUAUGCACUCGAUGAAAUGCACGAGGAUGAAAACGAGCAUGAUAUUCUUAUCUAUAUACGCACUCGUACAAGAGCGAUCUUGGAGGAGCACGAUGAAAUAUCUUGCCUAGAAGUAAGCGGCAGCCAACAGUGGCCGGGAGAAGAGAACAUUCGUGAGCUCGGUCGACGAUCCGGUCGUUUAUUCAUCUACGCGGCUGUUGUAUGUCGGUACAUAGAUGAAGGAAAAGAUGCCCAACAGCGCCUGGAAUUUGUGCUCAAAGGAGGUACAGGUAGCCAGUCAUCUUUACAGGCGCUUGAUAAUUUAUACAGGGAAAUUAUGGCACAAUUUUGCAGAACCAGCGCUGAAUGCCAAGAGUUUAUCAACUUAUUUAAACCUGUUGUUUGUGCCAUCGUCUCGGUUUUCGAUCCACUUUCGGAGAUUGAUUUGGCUCGCCUGCUCGACAGAAAACUUAACAAUAUCAAGGGAGCCAUGAAGCCUUUGUAUUCUGUUCUGGACAUGGCACAAAAUGUCAGUGAUAAACAAUGCGCUACCAUUAAGUUGAUGCACCAAUCGUUCCGAGACUUUCUUCUUGACCAGCAACGAUCUCUGGAUCCAUUCUGGAUCUCUGAGGAGAAGGCACACGAAGAAAUUUUUCAUCAUUGUCUCAAUAUCUUACAAAACAAGACUUUGAACGUUAAUGGUUGUAGCUUCAAGGGACUAGAAGCUGGUAUCUCCAAGCACCUCUUAAUCGAUCAUGGGCAUGUCCGGUAUGCCUGCCGUUAUUGGGUCAGCCAUCUGCAGUGCAGCGGCCUCCGUAUCAGUGAUGAUGGAGAGGCUCACCUAUUUCUACAGAAAUACUUUAUACAAUGGUUAGAGGCUUUAUGCCACCUCGGCGAGAUAACCAAGGCUAUUGACUUCAUAAGCUCACUGCAUUCACUCGUGGAGAUUGGCAAUGUAGAUACAUCAGAGUUGUCCGCGUUUCUUCAAGAUGCAAAACGUUUUAUAACCCGAAACAUAGGAAUGGUUGCUAAUUCGCCUGCUCAACUUUAUUGUUCGGCACUCGUGUUUGCUCCUGAAGAAAGCCUCGUGAAGAAAGCAUUUAAAGACCUGGUGUUACCAGGAAUCAAGAUACGAUCAAAGAUGGAACCAACAUGGUCCGCGGAAUUACAGACUCUAGACUGCGGUGGUGGCCCGUUUUCGUUAUCCGAGGAUAGUAUCUUGUUCGCAUCAUGCUGUGGGGGUGAUGUGAAAAUCUGGAAUAGGGUGACCGGAAUUCUUCAAAAUACAAUAACUGUUGACGAGAUUGCUGUUGACGCCAUCUCGUUCUCGAAAGAUGGUACGCUUUUAGCAGUUUCCGUUCCGGGAUUCGUCGAUAUAUGGAAUGCUGCCACCUGGGUGCUUCAGAGUAGACUCAGCCAUAAUCAUGUAAUUGAUGCAUGCAGGUGGCCACCCAAUUACAACCGCACAUUAUCAUUUUCAGUGGAAGAUGGUUUCCUUAUCUUUCACAAGAAAACUGAAGUCACAGUUUGGCGCCGCUGCCAAGACCACGGAACAGCUUGGAAUACUGAGUUUAACUACGAAUUUCCAAGUCGGAUUAUGAAUCUAGCAAACGAAUAUUCAAAUUCGAGAGUUCUAUCGGCAGAAUUUCUGCCGGAUCUUCAAUUACUUCUGGCCAUCGGUACUGACUUAACCAUUGAAUUUUGGAGGGUCGAAAAUGGGGAUUGGAUUUCUCUUGGCCAAAUAUGGGGCUGCAACUGCAUAUUAUCUCCAAAUGGAAGCUCAGCGGUAGUCGUCAGCUGGGUCCAAGAGAUUUGUGUUUGGAAUCUCACUACAGCAACUCUGUGUCAGAAACACACGUUGAAAGAUCAUUCAUAUCUCCAGAGAGGGAAUCGAUGGACUGGAAUGACAUUUUCCAAAAAUGGGAAGUAUUUUGCAUUAAUAUCGACUUCAACAACGAUAGAGAUUUGGAAUUCUAUUGACUGGACUCUUCAGACAACAUUAGAUUACCAUUUUAUUCCUUCAUCCGUGUCAUUUUCACGUGACAAUAAACUGUUGGCUCUUUGUUCGAGAGACGGUGUGGUUGGAUUUUGGGAUCUGGCCGUGACAAUCCUUCAGGAGGAUCUAGAAUCCCAUUCACAGAGUUUGAAAACUGUCAACUUCUCUCCCAAUGGAAAUGUAAUAGUCUGUGAAGCUAGUGAGGGGACUACCCAGCUUCGAGAUUCUAUCAUGUGGACUGUGAAGCAAACCUUGGAAUGUCCAAGAAGCGCUGUAUCACAACUCUCGAGAUAUUAUGAUGACUUUGUAGUAGGAUCUAUACCUAUUGAUCUAUGGAAGCACGAAACCAGGCUUGAGGAGCACGAGAGUGUCGAUAAAAUUCUUCCAUGGACUCAUCACAAGUCCUUUAGCGAUAAUGGCAGGAGGUCAUGCGUGGGUUUAGCGCUAGCAGUCUCGCCAAAUACCGGAUUGGUUGCCAUCAGCGACUGUCAUGAGCGGGUUGGCCUUUUUAAUACUAACAAUGGGGCCCAAAUUGAGUUACAUAUAGGUGCCGCCUAUCCCCGCAUCUGUUACGAUAGCAAGUACCUUGCAUUUUCACUUGACAGCAAGAUUCUGGCACUGGGUUCUUGGUACGGUGAUAUUCAUCUUUGGGAAACUGCAACUGCCCUGGAACGUUUCCCACAGACUUUGGAGUCCUCGCUCAGCUCGAAGGAUGCAAUAGUAGCAAUUUCUUCAGAUGGUCAAAUAGCAGCACUAAUUUCAAACGACAAUACUAUAGAUAUCUGGUGCCAUGUUAGAGCCCACAAUCCUAAGUGGGUUCAUAUACAGAAUCUAACACACAAUUCUGAAAAGCUCUGCGCAAUGGCAUUAUCAUCAGAUGGUAGCAUACUAGUGACUGCCUCCAUUGAUCAAUGUAUCAUGGUCUGGUGCUCCACGAUGGAAAAACCUUGUUGUUGGUUUCUACAACAAACCCUAUCAGAUGGCAUCAAUGAUUCAAUCACGAGGGUAGAAAUUUCAUCGAGCGGUAAGAAGAUAAUGGCAGUGUGUGGGACAAUACAGAUCUGGAAUCGCAUAGAAGAACGACCGCCUAUAUGGGUUUCUACAAGAAAGUCACCAAUUAAGGGAGGUUUUGGACCAAUGAUCCUAGCAGUACUGUCGCCAAAUGGUGGUUCUGUUGCUGCUGGUUAUGAGAAUGGAGAUAUCGCCAUAUGGGAUAUAGCCUUCACAGAAACCCAACAGAUACACAAAGAAAAGGAAGCGCCACCAUGCUUUAGAUCUUUCACGUCACUGGCAUAUUCGCCUGAUAGUAUUUUCUUGGUGACGAGUCGCAAAGGGGGAACGGUGACGGUGUGGGAACCUACUCCUGAAACACACGACAUUCAAUGCCGUUAUAACUACAGAUUGUAUCCGGAGGAAAUCUGUCCAACCAAAAUCAUAAUUUCACCCGAUAAUAAAUUAUUUAUUCUGGGCUUCAGUGACGGCACUAUUAGGAUACUCAGCAUCGUUUCUCAGCAGCUUGUUUGCACACAGGCAUUGGUCGAGUAUUAUGGAAACGUUGAAGCAAUAUCUGUUUUCCCAGAUUCUGAGCAAUUAGUGGUGGUUUACUCAUUCGAAAACGACAUCACAAUCUCAUGUGCCCGUCUACGACAUAUACAAACACUAUCUCAACCAUGUGGAGCACAAAACCGAGUCUACUGCGUGACAGCAGUUGCGUUCUCAUCUGAUAGUCGUGUACUAGUAUCAAGCAACAAAAUUUCUAUGUUUGGCAAUGCUACCAUCAGGGUUUGGGGCCGUUCAGAAACAGAACACUCUGCAUGGACUUUGCAGCAGACCUUUGACAUAAAUACAGAGUGCAACAAGCUAGUUCUUUCUCAAGAUCAUCAAUAUUUUCAAACGGAUAAAGGACCUCUUUGGGUUGAUCCUCUCUUCAUGGGUGGUUCAUCUCCAAAGCGAACUAUCUUGAGUAAUAUCCAGGUCAAGCGGGAUCGUAUAGAAUGGGGAUCGGCGGACAACCGAAAGGUGAUGCUGUUUCUGCCCAAUCAUAGACCGACUUCCUGUGACGUCUAUGAUAAUAAUAUCGUUAUGGUUAAUGAGUCUGGUAGAGCUACCUUUAUGGAACUCACAUAA